AGAAUCCCUGUCGAGUUUUUCUGAUCUCACUGAAGUGGACAAGGAAGAGGCGCUUCCCUUUGCUUCCGCAAGGUGGCAGCAAAAGCAAAAAAAAAAAAUUACAUCUGCCUGUAGUGCAGAUCUAACCGGACUCCGUGGCGGGAUAGAAUCGCCGCUACCGAAAACUAGAGCCACCUAGACGUACAUAUAGGAACGCAAUUACACUAUUAUUUGUGGGGAAAAUGUUCGUUUUAGAGGAAAUCGUUAUUUGCAUGGAUCAAAGCCCCGGCUCGGCUAUGGCAGCAGCACCAGCAGGCACCUUCCUACCGCUGAAUGAGCAGGAGCAACGAUGCUACUCGGCUCUGUUCACCUGGUGCCAGGCUGACAGCGCGGGGACGCUGUCGGCAGCCAGAGUAGCUGAACUCUUCAGAGCGUCACAGCUGCCCGCGGACACCCUGCGCCAGGUGAUGGAGGUGUGUGGAGCCAAGCAGCAGGGCUACUUUGGCCCCACUCAGUUCCAGCUGGUGUUGAAGCUCUUGUCUGCUGCGCAGUCAGGCCUCCCUGUUCGCCUGGAGAGCAUCAAGGGUGAGCUGCCCCUUCCCAGGUUUACUGGGAUGAAGAACUAUGCGGAAGAUCGGUACCCGGCCUUUUCUCAGCAUGGCGACCCUCGGGGUCCCCAUUUUGGGGGCACAACUGGACAGACCCAACGGUGGGCGGAGGACAGGAGUGCCUUGAGACACCGGGAAAACAGUGUGGAGAAGCAGCAGGAAGCUCAGGCCGUCUCACGCUCACCCAGAAACUCGCCUCCUGCCUCCCCUUCCAACUUCCCCAUGUCCGCAUACAGCUCGCAGAGGAAUGGCGGCGCGGACACGCUACUGUCCCAGUCAGUGCACAGCCCUCCACGGAGCGCGGCUCAGCAGGACGGCUCUUCUCCCAGCCACCGUGGCUCGAGGCCCCCGGUGGAGCAGCACGCUGUCGCCAGGGCGUACUCAGCAGAGAGGCUGGUAGACCACAAUGCAGAGGACUACCCUGAUGACCCCUGGAGGAUAACGGAGGAACAGCUGGAGUACUACACCAACCAGUUCAAAAGCCUGCAGCCUGACCUGGGAGCUCUCAUUCUGGGGGCUGUCGCAAAGGAUUUUUUCACCAAAUCUAAGCUUCCAAUACCAGAACUCUCCUUUAUAUGGGAGCUGAGUGACGUUGACCGUGAUGGAGCACUGACCUUCCGUGAGUUCUGCACUGCCUUCCACCUUAUCGUGGCUCGUAAGAAUGGAUUCCCUCUCCCGGAGAGCCUGCCCCCAUCGCUGCAAGCCAGCCUCGUUGCGCAGGAUGGAGCCCCUCCAAGGCCGGUGGGUGAGGAUUCAUUCUUUGGUGUACCUUUUGCCCUGCUGGAGAAAGUCCCGGUGCCUCCUGAGAAGACUGAACCACUCAUCUCGUUUGAAGAAACUGAGACCAUACAACAAGGGAAGCCCAGAGUUGAAAAGCAGAGUUCUGUGGCUGAGAUGAACAUAUCAAAGCAUGAUGUGAUAGAGGAGCCUUCUCAAUGUGUGUCUACCCCUAAGCGGGUGGGAGAAGUUCAAGACAAAUGUACUGAAAAUACAAACACGGUCACAGAAAUACCGGAUCUUGUGUACAAGGUGGAUCCACAUAUGAGACCAAGAUCAAGGCCGAGGUCCUACUCAAGCACCUCUAUCAGUGAUGUUGUGAAGAAGACAGAAGUGCCACCCACUCCUCCACCUCGACAGCAGAAGACCCAUUCUCGAGCCUCCUCUUUGGACCUCAACAAACUUUUCCAGCAUAGCAGCCAGGGGUUGAAAAGUACUUGGCUGACUCCUCCACCUCCGGCUCUUCCACCUAGACCUCCAGUCACACAGAUGCAGCACUUCACUGCGACUGCAGAGCAGGACUCCCAGAAGGCUUUGCAACAGCCUGAUUUUGCAGACUUCAGCAAGUUUCAAGAAGAGGAGAAAAUUUCCAAACAGAACCUGUCCUGCGAUGCCACUGUGGGUGCAGAGGGCAGCAUCUCCCCCAAAACGGGGGUGGGGCUGUCUCAGCCUUUGCUACAGAAACCGACGCGCAGCAAGCAUCGCCUUGAAAGCCAGAACCUGGAUCCAAGCCUGUCUUCAUUCCCUGCUUUCGUCAGUGGGAACAAACCAAGUCAAAAAGGGAAAACUCUUCUUGCUGUGUUCCAUGGGCAAGCACAAUGUCCCCUACCCACCUCUGCAGGCUGUCCAACAGGCAGAAGAAGGAGAUCCAGAUGGCUAUCCGCAAGAACAGGGAAACCAAUGCAGUGCUGGCCCGGCUCAACAGUGAGCUCCAGCAACAGCUCAAGGAUGUGCACCAGGAGAGGAUCGCCUUAGAGUCACAGCUGGAAAACCUGCGCCCUGUUGCCUUUGUAUAACCAACUCAAGGAUCCCACAGCCUGUUACAGCUCAUCUGACUGCUUAAAAGGCCCUGUCUCACAAACUGAUGCAGUCCCAUAUCUGCCUGGGAUUUAUUUACUGCUGUGAACAUGCCCAAACAAGCUGCAAAAAACAAGAAGUUUGCAUUACUAAUGGUGACUGAUUUAGAGGACUUUAGUGGUUGUAGGGAUCUGAAGCAAACUAAUGUCAAGCACACAUUUCUCUAAAUAUAUUAAUAUAGGUCUGGUAAGUUCACGUUUAUCAUUGGCAAGCGUACAAUCUUAUCCUACGAAAUUACAAAAUCCAAGAAGAUAUGGAAAAAUGGCAGAUGCAAUAGUAAACAUCUGAAGAAACCACACAACUGGCUAAAAAAAGAAAAAACGAACAAUAUAUAUAACAACCAGCGAUGGUAUUAGUUAAAAGGUAAGUAUGAUCAAAUUAUUUAUGCAGUUUGCUUUUUUCUGUUACUGCUGAGGCUCAGUACACCAGGUUCCUGGUUUUCUACGUCACUGACUAAAAAUACUGUCAAGGACUUCUGAUUAAGGUGCCUGUGUUUUUAAAUGUACCAGCGCUAUUAUUACCAUAGAAUUAAAUGCAAUAGUUGUAAGCUGUUGAGAAACAGCUCAGAUUUGUAUUGAAUAGCUCUAAUAUGCAGGAAUAACCUUUUCUUUAAGAAAAAAAAACCACUAGCUAUGCAACAUCACAUGUCCAGUCAGUGUUCUGUCAUCUGCUACUAGGGCAAUAACAAUGGCACAUUAGGGAGGUCUGCAACAUGGGGUGAUACUCGGCCACAAAGAAGGUUGGAUGAAGCUCUCAGUGGCAGAGAUCAUCAUUUUCUCACCACCACUAAUGCCUGGUUACACAAAAGCAUCUUGUAAAGUUAUCCACGGAGAGCGUAGGUUAUGAAGUCAAACUUAUGACUUUCAAUGUAUGCCCAUAGUGAGCGCUGCAUUUUUUUAUUAUUAGCAGGAGAAAGCAUGGAGAACAUGUUUGUUUGACGUUUAUGUGCGCUGUCUCUCUAAAUAAACAACUCUGUGAAGUUGUGAUGUUCCCGAUAUUAAAUUUAAUGUAAAUGUGUUCUGUCUAUUUCUUCAAUAAUGAAGGGUAUAGUUUGUACUGAGG